CUCUCGCUGCCUCUGUAUCCUCUGCCAACCCCGAAAGAAUGUCGCUGGACCUGGAAAAGCACUUGACGUUUUAUGGCGCAUACCAUCACAACAGCGUCAAUGUGGCCAUUCAUAUGAUCUGCGUGCCUCUGCUGCUCGUAUCAGGAUUUGCUUUGGCCACGUAUACGGGUACAAUCGUUCACACGCCCAGCUGGGCAACCGUCCCAUAUCUGGAUCUCAAUCUGGGCACCAUCGGAGCUUUCCUCUACGCAGCGCUGUAUCUGCUGUUAGAGCCGGUAGCGGGCUUUGUUUUGGCUGCUUUCUGUCUCGGUAGCACGGCAUUCGUCAACUCAUGGCACCUUCGUGAUCCCACUUUGACCUUCCAGGUCGCUCUUGGAGUUCACAUCGUUUGCUGGAUCGCGCAGUUCAUUGGCCAUGGAGCUUUCGAGGGUCGCGCCCCUGCUCUGAUGGACAAUCUCGUCCAAGCCAUCUUCCUGGCGCCCAUGUUUGUCUGGCUAGAGAUGCUCUUCAAGCUGGGGUACCGACGAGAGCUUCAGGCUCGUGUCGAGAAAGCUGUAGUGAAGGAGAUUGCCAAGUUCGAAGCCGCAUCAAAGAAUGGCAAGGCCAAUUAAACCGGUGCCAGCUGAGAGAUAUGAGCCCUGGCCAGAUAUAUCGAGGCCUCUCAAAUCUCCGAUCAGCCAUACUCACAUCUGAGCCCUCUCCCCAUUCAGUUGUUAGUCAACAAACACGUCAUUUUAACUUUGGAUGAGAUACAGCCUCUGACGACAGGCCUCGAAUUCCCAAUUCUUACGUCUCAUUAACCAAACAGACAGGAUUUAAUAU